UCCCCCACUUUAUUGACUACCUCAAUUGACUCGAAGUCAAGUGUGCCAAGAAUUGAUUAGCAAAUGUGCGUGUAAACUCUUACAAAAAAAAAGAAGAACCUCAGCUUUCAUGAUAGCGUUCACUCUUUGAUGUUCUGAUCCAUGGCCAUGUCUCUCGCGGAUUUGCUGCUGCCUUUGUUUCUACUCGUCUUUCUCACAAGAUCCCGGUCACAGUGCCCCACAAAUCCAUCCGCAAUCGUGAACGACACACAGGUUCUUCUCUCUCUCCGUGACAGGCUUGGCAUCAAAGUGUGGAACGAGACUGCCAAUCCAAGAGCAUGGCGGGGAGUGGAGUGGAGCUCGGACAACCAAGUGGAGGGCCUCGCUCUGUCCAGGUUUAAUCUCUCGGGAGUUUUUCCUGCCACCUGGGCCGAGCUUCCAUCGCUGGCUCGCCUGGACCUCUCGCAAAACGGCCUCUCCUCGCUGGAAGUCCCUUGCAAAAAUACGCAGCUCAACCUCCUCAACUUGAGCUCCAAUUCCCUGCAAGAGUUCCCCGGAAAUCUCUCCAGCCUCGAGAGUUUGGAAAGCCUGGACCUCAGUGGGAACUUCUUAACAGUGGCCGGACUCCCAAAGUUUAGCUUGACGCUGCGAUCGCUCAACCUGUCCAUCAACAACUUAACUGGGAGCUUUUCCAUUGGUGGUAACCUGGGACUGGAGGCACUGGAACUCUCGCACAACGGACUCAGCGGCUCCAUUCCAGAAACUUUCGGGGAGAUGACGAACUUGACGCGCCUGGACAUAUCGUAUAACAGGUUUAGAGGAGAUCUACCCGAUAUUUGGAGCAAGAACUUGGAGCUCAGGUACAUGCGUAUCUCCAAAAAUUCGCUCCAGGGUGGUUUGCCACCGAGCUUGAGAAGGCUACGCAAGCUCUCGGAAUUACGCGCUGCAUACAACUGUCUCUCCGGGCCACUGGAGCUGGAAGAUGGCGACUUUGCAAGCAUCGAGGUUUUGAACCUCGGGCUAAACGGGUUUAGCGGAACGAUCCCGGCUACGCUGGGAGGCUUGAGGAACUUGAAGAUCCUGGAUCUCAGGGGGAAUCGUUUUAGUGGCGCCAUCCCAGGCGAGCUCUCGAAGCUCUCGCAUCUCCAGCUGCUGGUUCUCACGGGGAAUCGUUUUAGUGGUGCCAUACCUCCGGAGCUUGGAAACUGUUCGAACAUCAGAGGGAUACGCCUCGACAGCAAUUACUUGACUGGAACAAUCCCAGGCGAGCUCUCGAAGCUCUCACAUCUCCAGCAACUAGUUCUCAGCAGCAACGACAUCGGCGGGGAGCUCCCUUCCGGACUCUCCAACUGCACCGUGCUCGUCGUUCUCUGGCUGGGAAAGAACAAGUUCUCUGGAAAUCUCCCUGAGAGCUUCGGGGAUUUGAGCCGCCUGCUCAUUCUGGAGCUUUCCAGCAACGAUCUUGUCGGUUCAAUCCCGGCCAUGUUGCAAAACAUGUCGGCUCUGCAGUUCCUCAUCCUCGAAAACAACAGAUUCAGUGGCUCCAUACCGGACUGGCUUCCCAGGCUCACGAACUUACGAGCCAUGGACUUCUCGGUUAACAGGUUCUCUGGGGAGAUGCCGGAAAGCAUUGGCCGACUGUUUGCCAACGUCCAGCUUUACAACAAGAGCAAACGGCAUAUGAUGAUUCAAACCGGAGGACUCGUCUACAACGGCUUCGCCUUCCCGACCUUCAUAGACUUCUCCUUCAACCAGCUGACUGGAAGCAUUCCAGCCGCCAUUGGCGACCUCUACAAGCUCCAGGUGCUGGACCUGAGACACAACCAGCUAACAGGUCCCAUUCCCGAGUCCCUGGGGAAGGCAAGGAAUCUCUCCAAGGUGUGGCUCGCGGGGAAUCGUCUCAAUGGCUCCAUACCAUCGUCCGUGGUGGACCUCUCGUUUCUCACCAUCUUCGACGUCUCCAACAACAGCCUGGUGGGACGGAUACCUGACAGCCCGCAACUCUCGCCCAUGGACGCGGCUCUCUUCGCUGGGAAUCAGCUCUGUGGCUUGCCACUGACCAACACCUGUUCGAGCACUGCUAUGCUGCCACAUAAGCUUAGAACAGAGGGACAAGGUGGUAGCGAACAGGACCAAACAGAGGUGAUAACACUUGUCAGCGUUGCGAUCUUCGUGGCAGCCUUCUUCAACGCGUUCUUCUGGACCUACUUUGCGGCAAACCACAGAGCUCAUUCCCAUGCUGGCAAUCAAAUCUCUAGCUCGUCCACCAUGUUGCUGCCGUCCUUUCUACCUUCCAGUUCGUAAUCCAUCACCAUCGUGUGACCGCUUGAUGAAGUGAACUCUUUUUAUCCGCUUUCAA